UCUUACCGUGGCAUACUGCUUAUGCCAUUCUAGCUCUUACAUAAUACUGGCGAAGUUGCUGUAACUGUGGGAUCCAAAAUGACCAACGUCGGACAGAGUUUCCCUGAGUUUUUCGCAACCCUUGGUUUGCCGACUGUUUUGAUAUUCGUGACAGUGUUGUUGUUAAGUAUGUGGAUGCUGUCGUACAGCAAUUCUCGGGUGAACUGGCCACCCGGACCUGUCUGUUUCCCCGUGGUGGGAUGUCUCCCUCAGCUGAUGAUCAGCGGUAAAAGACGACAACCGACAGAUCUUCUUCAAUGGUAUGAUACAUACGGAGAUAUCAUGCACAUCAAACUUGGUGAACAACACAUGAUAAUGCUGGGCACAUAUGAGCUGAUAGAAGAGGCUUUCGUGAAAAAUGCAGCAACAGUCAGUGCUAGGCCUACCUGGGCAUAUUUUAUAAGACGAUUAGUCGGAAAAGACGGUGCUGGGGUUGUCUUUAAAAAUGGACACGCAUGGAAGGAGCUGAGGAGAUUCACACUGUCGUCUCUUCGAGAUUUCGGCCUUGGGAGAAAAAGUUUAGAAGAAAAAAUUCAAGAUGAGGCCAGAUACUUGGUUCAAAACAUUGAAGAUGAAAAUGGAAAGGCUUUCUCUCCCAGCGCCAGGAUUGGGAAAGCAGUCAACAACAUUAUUUCUAUCAUUGUGUUCGGAGCUAGACAUGACUAUAAUGAUAUGCCCGAGAUGCUGUCAGUGUUGGAGGAAUACAUGAGAAUAGGUCAAGGACCUCUGUCCCUCACUAACUUCGGCCGCUUCCUGAUACCGGAGAAGAAAUUCGUCCUCAAAGACACAUUUUAUUGUUUGGUACGACAGGAAGUAGAACGACACCGUCAUUCCUUUGAUCCGACUGACAUCCGGGACUUUAUUGACCUCUAUAUAAAGGUCACUCAAGAGAAACUAGAUCCAGAGAUUUACACAGAAAGGAACGUGUUCCGAAUCAUUGUUGAUCUAUAUUUGGCUGGAACCGACACAACAGCUAAUACUUUGAGAUGGUCCCUGGUUCAUAUGGUAAAUCACCCGGAUGUACAGAAGAAGAUGCAGCAGGAAAUUGAUCAGGUAACGACCCACAGUAUAAAUUAA